AUGGAAAUGGAGGAAAACGUGGCUUCAAAGCCAGGCUUUGAGCAGCUUCGUCAGGAGGGAGACAAUGAGAGCGACCGUGACAUGCUUUCCACCGAAGAGGACGGCUUUCUGGGGCAAAAAGCAAGAUUGAGAAAGAGACAGAGAAUGUGGAAAAUUUCCGCCCGAGCCUGCACAAUCUUUAACAUCUGUUUCACUAUAAUUUUGCUGAGCAUUUUGGCAUUGACAUCUCGAUCGAGGUGUUAUGGGGCACCCGAGCCUCCAUAUUCACCAUUAUGGGAAGACGGAGCAGUCAAGUACGUGAACAAACGAAUUAGGCCGAUGAAAAUUUUCCAGUCCGAGACCUCUGAUGAGGUCGAACGGGCUUGGAACGCCACCCUCGGACCGAGCGAAGGCGUUAUAACCCUCCCGAAAGAAUAUACCUCGAAGCUUCCUCAGACGCUGGAAGCCUGGUUUAAGCCAGGACACUAUGUAUAUGGUGUUUCUGUGUUCCAUCAACUUCACUGCCUAAACCGCAUACGCAAAACGUUCUAUGCGGAUAAAUUCUUUGCUCAUGAGUCCGAAAAGGAUAUUCAAUUUCAUAAAAACCAUUGUUUUGACCUACUUCGCCAAACAAUUGCAUGUAAUGGCGACGCCUCUUUAGUUUCUUGGUGGAAUAGGGAUUUUACCUACAAAGACAAUGAUGGCAAGAAGCAACUCACCCAAAAAUACCUGUCAAUGUCACCAAAAGAACGAGCGAAAGAAGCUGUUGUAUUUUGGGAUGUAAAGACAAGAUGUCACGAUUUAGAUGCGAUCACUGCAUGGACGGAAAAGCACCGAGCAAAGUGACCGGAUUCAAAUGAAAUUCCAUAGAUUUCACUCACGUAUAUCUAUAUGUACCUAGACACCUAUAUAUCGCACUGUAUGUUCCUUCAUUGAGGAUUGCUAGCAAGGUAUCUGUCUCCCUACCAAUUUAAGGAUGAAGGUGGAACACGUCAGAACACCAAGAAGUUGGAUUUGAACAGGAUUACGACUUAAAAUCGCUUUGCAGAGAGUCGUGAUUCGGGGUCUUUAGAGUUGAUUCGCUCAUGUGCUUUAUUUCGUUUCAUAAACUCCACUAUUUUAUCCAUCAGUUUAUUCGAAAGAUCCCCAAAGGUAUGUAUUUGGAAACGGAUAGUUGCAGCGUGCUAGUAUCGCCCUUGGGGCCCGGGAAAUGUGCUUGAACCGGCCCCACUGGCUCCGAAUUGUCUUUCUGCUUCCUGCCUUCAAAUCCUUGACAUGAACACAGCUUCCGUCUCUGGUUCGUCAUCGCCGGUAGCUAGCGUUUCGCCGAUGAAUCGAAUGGCCUCUGUUAUCAUGGCUGGCGUUACUUCGUGGCCGGCCCCAUCAAAAACAAUAUCUUCCAAGGAAACCCUACCCUCGGCAAACCAACCACCAGAAGCAAUGGCUUUCUUCAACCAGGUUAAGAAAGGCUCGCCACGGCUAUAUGGUACCAGCUUAUCUGAGCCGCCCGACAAGUUCAGGAUCUUCUUUCCAGCUAGACAUCUCCUCAUGAUUGUCUUGAGUGCUUUUUGUUCAGCCUUUGUAGGUUCGCGCACAGUGCUAGGUUUUAUUGGCUCUUUUAAACAUGAAUCGUCCAUUUGGCUGAAUAACAAGCCCGCCGGAUCCCAGAUCUUUACCAUAUCCACUAGGUUCUGCGGAAAAUCUUUUGAGCCCAGGAAUUGUGAACCCGGAGGACUACUGUCUUUCCAUGAAGCCAAUUUUGAAAGUCGAGCACGAUCAGACAUUAGGCUAACAUAGUCUGGGCACCCAAUGACGAUGACAGCGGCUCUUAUCCGUGGUUCGUGAAGUAGACAGUGCCAUGCGGCGUGAGCGCCCAGGGAAACGCCGAGGACUAGACUGUUGGUAAUGUGUCGAUCAGCGUCUGGAAAUACGUAGCUGCCGAUAAAAUCCAUAAUUUGCGAGACAUCGCGAGCCGUGCCAUCUAGACCGCUAUCAUGUUAGUCUAAAUAUUCAAUGCUCGGCCGUUUGUGGGCACGGGGUAACCUCGGGACCAUGUUCAAGG